UCACUGUCAUGUUCUUGGUGUAAGAUUGUAAAAGCCGGAGCGGAGACUUCGUUUUUUGCAAUUAUCGUGAAUUCAGAGUUAUCAAGGGAAAAGGACGCCGUCAAUUUAAGUUCAAUACAAACUUAAAGCAGCAAAAAUGGACAAAAGCAAGGAAAAGGAGGAACAGAGUAUCAUGGAUAAAUCCAUGAGAUCUGUUUUUGUCGGUAACAUACCGUAUGAAGCAACGGAGGAGAAGUUAAAAGAUAUAUUCAGUGAGGUUGGGCCAGUGCUAUCGUUCAAACUAGUAUUUGAUAGAGAGACUGGCAAGCCAAAGGGCUAUGGGUUCUGUGAGUAUAAAGACCAGGAAACAGCACUCAGUGCCAUGAGGAAUCUUAAUGGCUAUGAAAUUGGUGGCCGUUCCUUGAGGGUAGAUAAUGCUUGUACUGAGAAGUCCAGGAUGGAAAUGCAAGCCCUAAUGCAAGGUCCCCAAGUAGAAAAUCCCUAUGGAGAGGCAGUGGAGCCAGAGAAAGCUCCAGAAGCCAUCAGCAAAGCCGUGGCCACCCUGCCACCCGAGCAGAUGUUCGAGCUGAUGAAGCAGAUGAAACUUUGUGUUCAGAAUAAUCCAACAGAAGCAAGGAAUAUGUUACUACAGAACCCGCAGUUAGCGUAUGCAUUGCUGCAAGCCCAGGUCAUCAUGAGGAUUGUAGAUCCAGCCACGGCUGUUAGCAUGCUUCAUCCAAGCAACCCCGUGCCUCCCGUCAUCCACCCCGGCGACAAGGUGCCGCUGCCCAACCCUUACAUGCCCAACAUGGGUCCUCCAAAUUCUCAACCGCAGCCCUUGCUGGCUAAUCCAGUACCGCCGCCUUCUAACCAAUACAACCCGCGGCCGCCGCCAGCAGCGAUGGCGGACAUCGACCUGCGCGGCGCGCGCGCGGCGGCGCCCGUGCUCGACCAGGACAUGCGCAGCCUGCCGCCCAUGCCGCACCCCGUGCCGCCGCCCAUGCAGGACAACUCGUACCCGCGCGACCCGCGCCUGGCCGGCAACUUCAACCCGGACCCGCGCGUGAGGAACGACCCCCGCACGCAGCCCAAGAUGCCGCAGCAAAUGCCGCCAGGAAUGCCGAGCGUCGCACAGGCUAGAACCAUACAGGGUAUUCCUUCCGGAGCUUCUGAUCAAGAAAAGGCGGCCCUCAUUAUGCAAGUGUUGCAGCUAUCGGACGAGCAAAUCGCGCUGCUGCCGCCCGAGCAACGCGCGAGCAUUCUCAUGCUCAAGGAGCAAAUCGCGAAGAGCACGCAACAACGCUAAUAUGUGCCAUUUUCAAUGAAAAGGAUGCUUUUUGUCGUUUGUCAAUGAGCAUAAUACCUUCAAUAUAAAAUCUUUUUGACAGCCGACUAUGUGGUACAGUCGUGUUCAUCAAUAUGUGUUCAUUUUUUCACCUUAUUGCAACGAGAUAAUGAUGAAAUGUACACAUAUUUAUGAACUCGACUGUACCUUUUGAUGGAAAACGUCGCAUAUGCUUUCAUUCUUAUUUCUCAUUACAUGAGUUUAUGAUUCGUAUUAAACUAGUUAUAAGGGAACCAUUGUAUAAUUCUGCUUAGCUCAUGCGAGUGACCGCAGUUAUACUUAUAAAUAAUGACAUCAACA